AUGGAGGAACAGCAGCUAAUUCUGGAGCCCGUAAUCCUCUUCCUCCCCCGGGGACGGGGAGCGUGCCAGUCACGCACCCGCCGGCGGGCCCCGGGGACGAGCCCCCGGCAGCUCCGCAGCGGUGCCGCGGCCCGGAGCCACUCCUGGACCAUGGGUGAUGUGCAGAAGGGAGCUCUGCAGCGAGCCAGCACCCCAGAGGGCUCCCCUAGCACCCCCUGCCCCCAGGGGCUGCUCUCUGUCAUCCAGAAGCUGAAGGGUUCACAGGAGCAGGAGCUCCGCAUCGUCCUGCUGGGGCUGGACAACGCGGGCAAGACGACGCUGCUGAAGCACCUGGCGUCCGAGGAGGUCAGCACCAUCACCCCCACACAGGGAUUCAACAUCAAGAGCAUCCACUCCCACGGUUUGAAGCUGAAUGUUUGGGAUAUCGGGGGGCAGCGCUCCAUCCGCCCAUACUGGAAGAAGUAUUUGGGCAGCACAGACCUGCUGAUUUAUGUCAUUGACAGCGCCGACCAGAAGCGUUUCGAGGAGACAGGGCAGGAGCUGGCAGAGCUCACAGAGGACGAGAACCUCACGGGGGUCCCGCUGCUGGUGUUUGCCAACAAGCAGGAUCUGGUGACUGCAGCACCCGCAGCCGAAAUCGCAGAAGGGCUGAGCCUCCACACCUACCGGGACCGGGAGUGGCAGAUCCAGGCCUGCUCUGCCCUGUCUGGGGAAGGGGUGCAGGAUGGGAUGAACUGGAUUUCCAGCCAGAUCGUGAACAGGAAGAAGUGAGAGCUGCAAAGUGCCAGAGGGGACUGAGCUGCAGGUCCCUACACCACCACCAACCCCCUGUCCCUCGGC